AUGUUUCCUGCAUCGAGCGGCACAAUCCAUAUAACUGAAUUAUACCGUCCGGACACACCAAGGGUUGUGAAACCAUGGCAUGAAGAAGUCUUCAAGGAAUUGCGUUCUUAUAUAAUUCUCGAAUAUGUGAAAGUGAUCUACCCGGCGUUCCAGCCAGCAAUAACGCGCGAUCCGAAAAAAAUUGAAUCGCUGUUUAAGACUGUACGAGAAGAGGAACUAAUAAUGUUUGAGGAUGCCAGUGAUGAGGUAUGGGCAUUUUAUGUUUUGAAUUGUUGCUCUUCUCUCACCACAGUUCUUAAAAGCAACAGAAAUUAG